AUGGUCACCCCAUUAAUAAGUGUUGAAACCUUAAUGGACACCCGGACAGCUACUGCUGAGUUGGGCUGGACUGCAAAUCCUGCAUCAGGGUGGGAAGAGGUCAGUGGCUAUGAUGAAAACCUGAACACUAUCCGUACGUACCAGGUGUGCAAUGUCUUUGAGCCCAACCAGAACAACUGGCUGCUUACCACUUUCAUCAAUCGGCGAGGAGCCCAUCGUAUCUACACGGAGAUGCGCUUCACUGUGAGAGACUGCAGCAGCCUCCCAAAUGUUCCUGGUUCUUGCAAAGAGACCUUCAACCUCUACUACUAUGAGACAGACUCAGUCAUUGCCACCAAGAAGUCUGCCUUCUGGACAGAGGCUCCCUACCUCAAAGUGGACACUAUUGCUGCUGAUGAGAGCUUCUCCCAGGUAGACUUUGGGGGAAGGUUGAUGAAGGUCAACACAGAAGUGAGAAGCUUUGGGCCCCUCACUCGGAAUGGCUUUUACCUCGCUUUUCAAGAUUAUGGGGCUUGCAUGUCCCUCCUCUCUGUUAGAGUCUUUUUCAAGAAGUGCCCCAGCAUCGUGCAGAAUUUUGCAAUUUUCCCAGAGACCAUGACUGGGGCUGAAAGCACAUCUCUGGUGAUUGCCCGGGGGACGUGCAUUCCCAAUGCAGAGGAGGUGGAUGUCCCUAUUAAACUAUAUUGCAACGGGGAUGGAGAGUGGAUGGUACCAAUUGGGCGCUGCACCUGCAAAGCUGGAUAUGAACCUGAAAACAAUGUAGUCUGCAAGGCCUGCCCAGCAGGAAUGUUCAAGGCGAAUCAGGAAGUGGGGGUCUGUUCUCAGUGCCCAUCCAAUAGUCGUUCUCCUUCGGAGGCCUCUCCCAUCUGCACCUGCCGCACAGGCUAUUACCGGGCAGACUUUGACCCACCCGAGGUGGCAUGUACCAGUGUUCCUUCAGGUCCCCGAAAUGUCAUCUCCAUCGUCAAUGAGACAUCCAUUAUUCUGGAGUGGCACCCACCACGAGAAACAGGAGGGCGCGAUGAUGUAACCUACAACAUUGUCUGUAAAAAAUGCCGGGCAGAUCGCCGAAGUUGCUCCCGUUGUGAUGACAAUGUGGAGUUUGUUCCCAGGCAGCUGGGUUUGACUGAGAGCCGGGUUUUCAUCAGCAGCCUUUGGGCCCACACUCCCUAUACAUUUGACAUCCAGGCAAUCAAUGGAGUGUCUGGAAAGAGCCCUUUCCCUCCACAGCAUGUCUCAGUCAACAUCACUACGAACCAAGCUGCUCCCUCCACAGUUCCCAUCAUGCACCAGGUAAGUGCCACCAUGAGGAGCAUCACCCUGUCAUGGCCACAGCCGGAGCAGCCCAAUGGCAUUAUCCUGGACUAUGAGAUCCGUUAUUAUGAGAAGGUGAGCCGGAUCUGCACUCCUGACAUUAGCAGCACUGUGGGCUCAAGACCAGCCACCGAACAGAACGAGUACAACUCUUCAAUGGCAAAGAGUCAGACCAAUACGGCUCGGAUUGACGGGCUUCGACCUGGCAUGGUUUAUGUGGUUCAAGUGCGAGCUCGAACAGUAGCCGGUUAUGGCAAAUACAGUGGGAAAAUGUGCUUCCAGACACUGACAGAUGAUGAUUACAAGUCAGAACUGAGGGAACAGCUGCCAUUGAUUGCUGGUUCUGCAGCCGCUGGAGUGGUGUUCAUCGUGUCACUGGUGGCCAUUUCAAUUGUCUGUAGCAGGAAACGUGCUUAUAGCAAAGAGGCUGUGUAUAGUGAUAAGUUGCAGCAUUACAGCACAGGACGGGGCUCCCCAGGAAUGAAGAUCUACAUCGAUCCCUUCACUUAUGAGGAUCCCAAUGAAGCUGUCCGGGAGUUUGCCAAGGAGAUCGAUGUGUCUUUUGUGAAAAUUGAAGAGGUCAUUGGAGCAGGAGAAUUUGGAGAAGUAUACAAGGGACGUCUCAAAUUGCCAGGAAAGAGGGAGAUCUAUGUGGCCAUCAAGACGCUGAAGGCAGGGUACUCAGAGAAGCAGCGCCGGGAUUUCCUGAGCGAGGCCAGCAUCAUGGGGCAGUUUGACCAUCCAAAUAUAAUCCGACUGGAAGGGGUGGUGACCAAGAGCCGUCCUGUCAUGAUCAUCACAGAAUUUAUGGAGAAUGGAGCAUUGGACUCCUUCCUCAGGCAAAAUGAUGGGCAGUUCACAGUGAUCCAGCUGGUGGGGAUGCUCAGGGGUAUUGCUGCUGGUAUGAAGUACCUAUCAGAGAUGAAUUAUGUGCACCGGGACCUGGCUGCUAGGAAUAUUCUCGUCAACAGUAACCUAGUGUGCAAAGUGUCUGACUUUGGCCUCUCCCGAUAUCUACAGGAUGAUACCUCGGACCCCACCUACACUAGCUCCUUGGGUGGGAAGAUCCCAGUGAGAUGGACAGCCCCAGAGGCCAUUGCCUACCGCAAAUUCACCUCUGCCAGUGAUGUCUGGAGCUAUGGUAUCGUCAUGUGGGAAGUCAUGUCAUUUGGAGAGAGGCCCUACUGGGAUAUGUCAAACCAAGAUGUCAUCAAUGCCAUUGAGCAGGACUACCGACUCCCCCCACCCAUGGACUGCCCUGCUGCUCUGCACCAGCUCAUGUUAGAUUGUUGGCAGAAGGACCGCAAUACUCGGCCACGCUUCACAGAGAUUGUCAACACCCUGGAUAAAAUGAUCCGCAAUCCAGCAAGUCUCAAGACUGUGGCAACCAUCACCGCUGUGCCUUCUCAGCCCCUGUUAGAUCGUUCCAUCCCUGAUUUCACUGCCUUUACCUCAGUGGAUGAUUGGCUCAAUGCUAUUAAAAUGGUUCAAUACAGGGAUAGUUUCCUAACUGCUGGGUUCACCUCUCUCCAGCUGGUUACCCAGAUGACAUCCGAAGACCUUCUGAGAAUAGGAGUGACUUUGGCAGGACAUCAGAAGAAGAUCCUGAACAGUGUUCAUUCCAUGAGGGUACAGAUGAGUCAAUCUCCAACCUCAAUGACCCCUGUCCCUUCUCCCACAUCCAUUUCCCUUUGCUCAUGACCUGUGUGGGGAAGGUUCUUCAAACAAAUUGUCCAGCGCCUGAAUCUCAAGAUGUCUUUCUGUCAGUUACCAAAGGACUUUGCUGACCACUGCAUGGGGGAUCCAAACCAAGUCAAUUAAUGUCUUCAUAUUGAAGAAGAGAUGUACCUUCAA